AUGGGCCAACAGUAUCUUUUCUGGUUCGCUCAGGUGCAUGAUGACUUUCGCAUUCCAGAGCUUCAGUCCGUAGCAGAGAUCCAUGGGUUCGACUUACACAUUCCCCAAGACCUCGAUGCAUCCCGACCCUUUUGCAUCCUGGAGCUCGAUCACGAGGAGCAUGCCAGACUCUUAGCCAGACGGUGUAUUCUCAUACGGUCAGUAUGUGAGUUUUAUGCGCGGGGUUCUACGUACGAGGAGCUCCACGAGCGAGUUCGCCAGCAACGGCCACGAUGGUCAUGCUACAUCGAAGACACAUCGUUCAAAUUCAUCGUGACUGCGUACAAUCACACGAUACCACAAGCUCGCCAACGCGAAGUGGUGGAAAGUUUUUCAUAUAUGGACUUCCUUGGCAAGAUCGAUAUGAAAAGUCCCGAGAUCAUCAUGACUUGCUUCGAAGAAUAUCCCGAUAAACACGGCACAACCCGUCCUAAAGACGAAGGCGACGGAGAAUUCAAGGAGGUGUUUUUCGGCAGGUUGAUAGAAGAAGGCUCCGCACGUCCUUUGGUGAAGAAAUUCGAUGUCAAAAAGAGACUUUACUAUGGUAACACCAGCAUGGAAGCAGAAAUCUCUCUCCUGAUGGCCAAUCAGACAUUGGCCGCACCUGGAAAACUGAUUUAUGACCCUUUCAUCGGCACUGGGAGCAUGGCAUAUACGACUGCACAUUUUGGUGCAUUGGUGUUUGGCUCCGACAUCGACGGUCGCCAGAUGAGGGGCAAAGACAAGCAGCCGGGUAUUAUCCGUGCGGCCUCCCAGUACGGCGUCGCUCAUUGCAUUAUUGAUCUAUGUACAUUUGAUGUCACGCGUAACCCAUGGAGAUGUGGCGAGCUGUUUGACGCCAUCAUAACGGAUCCUCCUUAUGGUGUAAGGGCGGGUGCAAAGCGCCUUGGCAGGAAGUCCCGUCAAGACAAGGAGCAGCCGCCAACCUCUCCACAGAACAUAGCCUUCAGACGCCCAGAUGACCAACCAUACAUUCCUCCAACGAAGCCAUAUGAACUGUCAUCGCUCGCCUCUGACCUCGUCCUCCUUGCACGGUAUAUGCUCAAGCCGCAAGGAAGACUUGUCUUCUUCCUGCCGACUGUCACGGAUGAAUAUGAAGAGCUAGAUGUGCAGUCAAUGCUGUGCGAUGGCAUGGAGAUCGUCGCCAAUUCGUUACAGAAUUUCGGUUCUUGGGGACGUAGGCUUAUAACUAUCCGCAAGGCGACAACGGAGCAUUUUGCGCCGCCUUCCUUCGAACAGCUCGAUAAUGUCGCUCACAUACCUGCGCAUAAAGACUUUCGCGAGAAAUACUUCCAAGGAUUCAAGAAAUCCGAUGUAGAGCAAAUAAGCGAGCUGAGCGACCAAGGCUAGAGUACAUGUACCCUAAAAUAUCGAGCGUGCACUUCGUAACUUGGCAGCCUGAACCGGCCGUUGGAAGCCUACGCUUGUUCAACGAGUCAACGAG